CCCAGCUCAUCAGCAGCCAUCAGCAGUAGAGCAAUCAUUCCUGCCCAAGUCUCUCUCACACAAGCCUUAAACUCUUGCGUGCAGCUCCAAGCUACCAACCUCACUUCCCAAGUUUCCUAUUAUUCCCUCUCCAUUUCCUUUUGUUCUCCUUUGGAAGGAAGCUAUGAUUCCAAAGAGUUAUAUAAAUGCAAAAGUGGAGCAAAUCACCCCUUUUAGUUCUCAUAUAUGUUUAGCACCAGCAGAAGCCCUGCAUCCUUUAAGACAGAUAGUUGGAGAGCGAUAAGAGAAGAGUGGGGAGGGGGUCCAGAAGAAAGUUUCAGGGGCAGAUGGGUCUCAUGGAUGUCAAGAGCCUCAUCUUCAUCACAGGUUUCCUCUUAUCUGGAACCUUAUCUAAAGAACAAAAACUCUCCAAAAGCAGUGCAGCUGGUUUACUUAGAGAGGUGAAUUCCAGAAUGCCCGGAAGAAUGCUCUUCCAUGACAAUGAGAUGGAACCCUUCGACGCCAUGGCUAAUAUGGAUGUUGCCACUCCUAUGGCAGGAGUUCCAGUAUUCAACCCAUCAAACCCAGCUGCAACAACCAUGCCAACAUACAAUCCAAAUCCUACUGCUCCAACAAUGACACCAUCGACGCCAACCAUGAUGCCUGGGAAUCCUUACACAGUACCAGGAAUGGGGACACCAAUGUUAUCGUCAGGUCAGAGCUGGUGCGUUGCAAGCCCGACCGCUUCACAGACAGCACUACAGGUGGCUCUUGAUUAUGCUUGUGGUUAUGGCGGCGCGGAUUGCUCAGAGAUUCAGGCCGGUGCAAACUGCUAUAACCCAGAUACAGUGAAAGACCACGCAUCGUAUGCCUUCAACAGCUACUACCAGAAGAACCCUAUACCUACUAGUUGUGACUUUGGGGGAACUGCUAUAAUUACAAAUGUGAAUCCAAGUACUUCAACCUGUCAAUAUCCAUCAACAAGCAUGAGUUCAUCGGUUCUCAACACAACCAUCCCAACAGGAUCAUCAAUUUAUGGAUCAGUUCCUCCUGAUUCCGCAAGCAGCAAGCACAUUUUAAGAACUGUACCUCUCACAGUCACCCUGGCGUGCUUCCUAAUACUAAUCGCUCAAUGAAUAUAAACAAGUGUGAUAAAACAACCAAAGCUACGAAUGAUCAUUGUUCAAUGAGACAACUAUAUUGGUCAACAGAAGGUAAAAGGAAAUGCAUGCCAUCCGUAAUGAAAUACUAAAGCCCACGUCAAGCAAUUGCAUCAUAUCUGAAGAUGUAUCCUAAAGUUUCAUCACCAAGGCAUGUCAUAUUCUUUGAUAUAACUAGUAGCAAGGGCCCGAAUCACUUUUUCAUAUAUUGUAAGCUUAGGAGUUAGAAAUAUAAAUUCUUUCAUUUCUUCUGUUUUGUUGCUGCUGUCCUCUAAUUGAUGUUCAAAUCUAUCUCCAUCUAUUUCCGGAGUCAGGAAAGAGGAAUUUCUGUUGAUAUGCCGAUAAACAUGUAUAAAAAUUACACAGUAAAUCAUAUCUAGGCUUUCAUUUUGAAUAAUAGAGCACCAUCUUCCAUAAAAAGAGGGGUAAAUCUGAUAUAAUUAACAUCCAUGGUGCACUAACUUUCUUAACAUCAACAUGGCUGUUCAGGCAACUAUACAAUAUGAAAAGCCUUCCGUAGAAACAGAAAGUAGCAAUAUUGACCAUGUUCACCACAUUAUGCAGAAAUCCAAAAGCAGUUAAGUCAUUUGAAUGCUAAGCAGAAUGCAGGAAGAUUUGCUGAACGACAGAUAGAAUGAAGAAGAAAGAAAGCAAAUUCACGCAGAACAUAUUUAUAAGCAACAGUUAGAAAUCCUCUGCUAGGAUUUUGACAAGAUACUAGUAUAUGGCAUGAGAAAGAGUGAGAUGCAAGAUUAUUUGAUGAUAGUACAACAUUUUCACUGACAUGACAACUGAGGUUCUUCUUAAAUUGAUGAGCAGCAUUCAGCAUGUUGUAUUGUACAUGCCUUAACAUUCAUUUCAACAGGGCAAAUAUAUAAGAGGUCUGUUGUCCCUUACGAGUGUUUCCUCAGCUUUCUGUUCCCAUCUCUGCCAUAACUUCCUAGAGGUAUGGAUGAUCAAAACAAAAGUAAGCAGCUCGCAGAAGCUAGGCAGAUGAUGGCCAAGGUAGCAAUAAUGGAUACUUGAUCAAAUGCUUUCUCCAAGCUCCCCGACUUUGAGAAAUGCUGAAAAGCCAGAUAUAUAACGGCGGCCAAG